AUUUUAAUAAAACUAUUUUAUAAUAUUUUUAUUAACUAACCACAGCCCUUUAAAGCUGCAGCGUAAUUCCACUUAAUGGUGACGUGUACGAAGCCUUAUCGAAUACAAAUUGUGUGAGGCACAUGCGGUAACCAAGCAGCGGGCAUCGAUUUUUAAUUAUCGUACAGCAUACGAUAUGCGUGCGGCUAUUUUUCUGUUAUUAUUUUGCGUAGUCGGACUGGCGCUCGGAGUGGACCAGACCAACUUUAAAACAUGUGAUCAAAGCAGUUUUUGCAGGCGUGUGCGUAAGUUACAGCCUGGAAACUCAAAAUUUGCGUUAGUUCCUGGUACUUUAAAUACCUACUCCGACUCUGUUACUGCUGAUAUCAUACACAAGGAUAAUCAGCAUUUAUUUGUUUUUAAGCUAGAAGCCUUACAGGGUAACACUUUCCGUGUGCUGAUUGAUGAAAAAUCACCACUGAGGCCACGUUACAAAGUUGAGCACGCUUUGAAAGAUACGCCAAGACCCGGAACCAUAAAAGUGUUGAAUGAAGAUGGAAACCAAUUGACAAUUGUUUCUGGUUCCAAUAAAGCUGUUAUCAUAGGUGACCCAUUCCGCAUUGACUUCUACCAAGAUGAUGUUUUGAGCGUAUCUGUUAAUGCUAAGGGACUCAUGAAUUUCGAGUAUCUGCGUACAAAACCAAAUACGGAAGCUAAAAACGAGGUUGACGGAAACGUUGAAGCGGCGGCGCCUGCUGAAGCUACUCCAGACGCACAAAAUGCUGUCAAGCCAGCAGAAGAUGAAGAUCCUGGUGCUUGGGAAGAGAAUUUUAAGUCACACCAUGAUUCUAAACCUUACGGACCAGAAGCUGUUGCUUUGGAUUUCUCAUUCCCAGAAGCUGAAGUCUUAUUUGGCAUACCGGAGCAUGCUGACAGCUUUGUGCUGAAGUCGACUUCUGGCACAGAUCCAUAUCGGCUGUAUAACUUAGAUGUAUUCGAAUAUUUGAUUGAUAGUAAAAUGGCUCUAUAUGGCUCCAUACCUUUGAUAUAUGGACAUGGUACACAACGCACAGCUGGCGUUUAUUGGCAAAAUGCUGCCGAAACCUGGGUGGACAUUUACACAGCCUCUAAUAAUGUUGUUUCAUCAAUUGUCAACUUUGUCUCACGUUCACGGAAAGCAGAUCCGCCUGCAGCACAGUUUAUAUCUGAAUCUGGUAUAAUAGAUGCUUUUAUAUUAUUAGGACCUACACCAAUGGAUACAUUUAAGCAAUAUACUGAUUUGACUGGUACAGGAAACUUACCACAAUUGUACUCACUUGCUUAUCAUCAAUGUCGUUGGAACUACAAUGAUGAAAAAGAUGUUGAGACCGUAUCUGAGAACUUCGACCUUUACGAUAUUCCUAUGGAUACUAUGUGGCUCGAUAUUGAAUAUACAGAUGCUAAAAAAUACUUUACAUGGGAUCAAUAUAAAUUCCCAAAUCCUUUGAAUAUGAUUAAAAAUCUAACAGAUUUGGGUCGCCACUUGGUUAUUAUUAUUGAUCCACAUAUCAAACGUGAUACUGGUUAUUUCUUCCACAACGACUGCACUGAACGUGGCUACUAUGUUAAACACGCAGAUAACAGAGAUUAUGAAGGUUGGUGUUGGCCUGGUGCUGCAAGUUAUCCAGAUUUCUUCAAUCCAGAAGUACGCAAAUACUACUCCGACCAAUAUUUACUUUCGAACUUCAAGACUGUAACUUCUGACGUUAUGUUCUGGAAUGAUAUGAAUGAACCUUCAGUGUUCAACGGUCCUGAAGUAACAAUGUACAAAGAUUUAAUACAUUAUGGCAAUUGGGAACACCGUGAUGUGCACAAUCUCUACGGUCAUAUGUAUAUAUGGGGCACUUUUGAUGGCUUGAUCAAGCGUGAUCCAAAUCAACGACCAUUCAUAUUGACACGCGCAUUUUUCGCGGGUUCACAAAGGUAUGCUGCCAUUUGGACAGGUGACAACACCGCAGAUUGGGGACACUUGCAGCAUUCAAUUAAGAUGUGUUUGACAGCUGCUGUUUCUGGUUUAUCAUUUUGUGGUGCUGAUGUUGGUGGCUUCUUUGGCAAUCCCGAUCCUGAGCUAUUUGAGCGUUGGUAUCAAACAGGCGCAUUCUUGCCGUUCUUCCGUAGUCAUGCACACAUUGAUACAAAACGACGUGAACCUUGGUUAUAUCCCGAAAAGACCCGUCUGGUUAUACAAGACGCUAUACGAAAACGUUACGCUUAUUUACCGCUGUGGUAUACAAUGUUCUAUGAGCAUGAAAUCGAUGGAGGUCCAGUGGUUCGACCCCUCUUGGCACACUAUCCCAAGGACAAAGAUGCCUUUGGUAUUGACAACUCUUUCUUACUACAAGAUCGUUUACUUGUGCGUCCAGUAUUGCAGCAAGGUGUUAGUAAAGUAGAUGUCUACUUCCCAGCCAUCGAUGACAAAAAAACUGGUGACUUAUGGUACGAUGUAGACACGUAUCAGAGAUAUGAAAAGUCAGGUUAUGAGUCCAUUCCAGUGAAUGAUUAUAAGGUACCUGUUUUCCAAAGAGGUGGCACAAUCGUGCCAAGAAAGGAACGUCACCGUCGCACUUCCUUACUCAUGCAGAAUGAUCCCUACACUUUGAUUGUGUGCCUCGAUCGCGAAGGAAAAGCAAAUGGCACACUUUAUAUUGAUGAUGAGAAGUCUUAUGGUUAUCGCAAAGGCAAUUAUAUUCAUGUGAACUUUGCGUUUGAAAAUUAUCGAUUGACAAAUCACUUUAUUGGAACACCCAAAUAUGACUCUAAAUCGUGGAUUGAGCGCUUGGUGAUUGCUGGGCUCGAAAAGGUGCCCAAAUCCGCCACAAUUGUUAUCGAUGGCAUUUCCAAGCAGUUGGACGUUUUGCAACAAGGCAAAGCGGUGAUUAUACGCAAGCCUGGCGUGCAUGUUAGAAUGGACUUCAGUCUUAGACUUAAUAAUUAGUAUUCAAAGAAAUUUUAUUUUCAAACGUAAAUUCUCAUUCCCAAUUUAUUUAGUGGCAUGUCGUCGCCAGAACACAAUAUAUUUUAUUUUCAUACAAAUAUCUUUUAUUAAAAUCAACAAAUGGAAAAUCCUUUUAA